UUCUACAGAACACGAUCCUCCGUUCAAAAUAUAUGAAGCGGACUUCGCAUCUAGUUUGACAUAAGCUGAGAUUGAAGAGAAAGAAAUCCUGAGAUGGAGUUGAGCCUGUGGAUAUUACUAGGGACUGUUCUGCAUGCUCGCUAUUGUUAUCUAGGUCUAGAUUGUCCAUCUGGAGUGGUAGAGGUAACUGAAGGGACUAACGUUAGUUUUUCUUGUGGAUUCGCCAAUAUGGUGGAAUGGACGUUUGGCAAUGGUGACUGCCCCACUAAGUAUACUGCCACCUGCACUAGAUCAUAUUGCAGCCAACCAAAUGGUACAAGUUUUCAUGUUGAAACGGGCGAUUGCACCUGGACUGACUACUGCGGCAGCAGGUUGAACAUCACUAAAGCAUCAAGAGAGCACGCCUGUAAUUUUAGUUGCACAGAUUAUGUCAUGGGUGAAACAGAUAUGACUUUUAAAGAGUCAUGCAAACUACGAGUAAAAGCUCCUGCCAGGUACACACCUGGUAGUUGCCGUAUAGGGCUGGCCAAUUGGUGGAUACAUGGAAGCUGCACUGCCGAAGGGAUGUAUGACUCAGACAACAACUACACAUGCCAAUGGCUCUCAGAUAAUAAUCAGAAAUUUGGAGGCUUUGAAGGUGGGCUGGUGACCUACAAGGCCAGCUCCAAGGAGUACAAACGUGGACAUUGCGCCUUUGUGGGACUGAUGCCUACAGCUCCUGGUCUCUACAAAUACAGUGCCAAAAUCUCUCCUGGCCCGGAUGUUUACUUUGAGGGAACAGUCAAUAUAAGUCAUCCUGAAGAACUGAUGCACAACUGUCCAAAACAAGUUCUCGAAGGUUCAGAUCUCACCUGUACAUGCACGACAUCAAAAGUCGGAAGUCCUCCCGCUCAGACUAUCUGGGACGGACUUUCUGAUGAAACUUUACAGGUGAAAAGUGUAACUCGUCAAUUCAACGGAAAACUUUACACAUGUCGACUACUCUGGGGUCCCAACGGUUACAUUAACCGAACUACUCCAUACACACUGAGGAUGGCGUAUGGACCAGCGGCUGUUGUCAUACACAGAGCAUCAGAGGAAAGAGAGAGCGAAUUAGAGACGGCGGGUUUCAUCUGCACAGCGAUUGAUGUGUUCCCAUCCGCUGUGUUUACCUGGAGUCACACCUGUCGCAAUCGCACUGACAGUCAGGAGCAAAGCACCUGCUCUUUCAGUUUAAACCAGCUAGGUGAUAUUGCAGUGCUUUCCUGUACAGUUAAUAACAGUGUCUUUGCCAGUGUGUCUUCUUCAUACACCUACAGUAUACGUACCCCGGACAGGGCUGUAGGCAGAAUUAUCGGCGGAGUCAUCGCAGCUAUCAUUGGUAUCAUCGGAGCUGUACGCAUCGUAACCCUCAUCAUUAAACGUCGACAGAGUAGUUGUCUUCUUCUAGUGUAUGGCCCUGGGCAGGAUUCAUCCCGAAGAAGUAGCAGAGACGAGCGCAUCUUAUUAAUACCAAGAGGAGACAGUGUAGACGAACGAUCAUUAGUUUACGGGUCGGAAACACCAGAAAGCAUGAAUGAUCAACCUCAUAGUGAUGUGACCAUAAAUAACAGUCAGCUGGUGGACGGUAUCAAGAACUCUCAUUUUAAUUUCAUUGAUGCAUUUCUGCAAUACACCUUUCACACAUGAAUUCAUUCAUCAGAAGGUGAUAAAGAAGUAAGACUAUUAAAGCAUGUAGUUCCAUUUCAAUGCAGCUUUCGAUUUACUUCGUGCGAAUUUACAGAGAAGAGCAUGAAGACGCGGAUAAACAUUUUAAACUGACUUUAGUCCUGGUAAGUAUCA